CUUGUCCGCAACAGUGAAACGACGGUGUGUGCCACCCGGCGGCAUGGCGAUGCUGGCGCGAUGGUUGAUCAUGCUGGGUCUGUGGAGCUUGGCUUCAGGAUGCAGUGACUUUCUCUUGAACGCUUCGGCGACGAACGUGAUAUCGGCGAGGACCAUGGACUUUAGCCUCGACUUGAACACUGUCGUGACAACAGUGCCGGUGGGAAGUCCCUUCCAAGAACAAAGCGGCCAUUCAUGGACGAACAAGUUCGGUUUCCUCUCUUUCAAUGUUGCAACGCUUCCAUUUUCGAUGGAUGGGUUGAACACCAAGGGUAAUUAAACAUUGACGGGCAUCAUCGUGAUCAUUCACGGGCUCAUAGGUCUGUCAGCGUCUUGGCUUUAUAUGUCCGACACAGUGUACCCCACGACUAACCCAUUGGACUCGACGAAUCGUCCAAUUGUGAGCAAUCUGUGCAGCUACAUCCUCGGUAACUUUGCCACUAUCGAAGACGUCAAGCGUGGAAUUCGUUUGAUUCAACCCACGGGUAUCGAUCUGACGCAGAUUGGCCUGACGCUGCAUGCCGGCCUCGGACCUCUUCGAACCCUUCCUUUGCAUGUGGCAAUACAUGACGCAUCUGGGGCGUCAAUGGCAAUUGAAUUCCUUGACGGCACGAUGCACCUGAUCGACAAUCCACUCGGAGUAUUGACGAAUGAUCCCCCGCUGUCCGUUCAACUUGAUCGCUUAGCUGCAGCAUCGCUGCACGAGGGGGUGCCCUCCGGGAUGUCAUCCACCGAUCGUUUUGUUCGUCUGGCAAAGUACAAUCACGUUUCGAGUCAAGACACUUACGACGUCCAGACAAGUUUCACCGCAGCUUCGUCAGUUGACCAAAGCGGAGUGACUCGCGCGUUGCAUUUGCUCAAUACUGUUGUGCAACCCAUCAUAUCGCCUACGUUCGCCACGGAAUGGAUCGUGAUCCGCGACCACCAAAAUCUGCACGUAUACUUCCAAUCGACCGAGAACAGCGUGCUUCGGCGAAUCGACCUCAACACAGUGGAUUGGAUGGACCCGACGCAUCGGAAGACGUGGCCCGUCGCGUCGACUGCCUCCCCAUGGUACAUGGACGUGGAAAACGAAUUUGCCGAAGUCAUCGUCGGGUGACUUUACGGUGCGCCAUGCGAUUGGUUGAAAUAUUAUCCAAUCAACUUUGAUUUUUUGAACGUUCCAUA